AUGUUCUCACCGGACGCGUCGCGCGUGCAGUCCCUCCGGUCCAAGAGAACACGCCCAUCAUCGGGACCGGAAGACUCGAUUAAACUUCCCCAGGCAAAGAGAAAACGAUCGGCUUUGCGACGAGACACCUUCGAACCUCUGGCUGAAGCCAGUCUGAAUGAGAUUGCUGGACGUGAGGCAGGCGAUGAGAAACCUAACGGACACCCCACAGCUCCUGCACACCAAAAGGAAUUGACCCUGCGCGGCGCAAAGAAGCCAGAAAAGCGUUCGGAACGAACGGCGGCAACAGUCAAUCCGACAUUGACGCUCUCAAACAACGACUUCUAUACUGUUUCUCAACUUCCCUCGCUUCCGGAGCAGAUCAGAAACCGGCCUACGAUCCCCUAUUCUUGCGUCAUUUCCCAAGAGUAUGGAUACGCCCUUGCCCUCACCCACAGCGAUGCUAUAAUUUGGCCAUACAAUUCGAGUGCAUCUACCCCUUCAUCUCGAGAUGUCAUCACCUUCAAAUUGCCUUUUCCUCCCGCUUCGAUCGAUGAUCCUCUUCCGCUAGCAGCAUUCACCGCCAAAUCUGCAAAUGGAGAGCCGGGAAUUGUUGCAGUGUCUGCUAAAUUGGGAAAAAUAGUAUACUGGGAGACAAUAUCCAAUGCCUCCACCUUUAUCCCAGGGCAAAAUGCGAAUGUUCAGGGUUCAAUACCCGGUAUGUUGAGCGGCGAAGCUGUGGAAGAGCUCGUCAAUGCUGAACCGUCCGGUUUCGUUCUGUCUUUGAGACACGGCCGCGUCGUACACUUGACAAUUCGAGAUCAGAUGGGCCGUCCCGGUAUUGGCGUCCAGUUCUUGCGAAAAUACACCGGGGGUACUGGAGGCAUAUUUGGCACCAUUCGCAAUGCCCUUGGUGCCGAUCGGAGAAAGGGCACACCCAUCAUCAAGGCUGGAGGCUCGAGGAAAGGUCAACGUGAUGUCGUGGUGGCCACCGAAGAUGCGGAAAUCGAAUUCUGGAAUACCAAUCUGAGCGUUGGGAACUCUCUUGAAACAUCAUUCAGUUUCAGAGAGGAAGUUGGAAAUGCACUGAAGGGAACCCUUCCUGACAUACCGUCUCUGCAGUUCAAGGUGCUUGACGUUGAACUGUCCACGGGGGCCACCACGGCUUUGACUCGUAAAGGCAGUCAUGGUGCUCCGAUGAUGGUCUUGACUUCAGUCACCCAGGAUACGGAAACGACGUAUUACCUGAUUGAAAUGGUGGUGGAUGAGGGAGCCAGAGUGAAAGUGGUACACCCGAUCACAUGCUAUUCCACUAAGACUUCAGAGCCUCAAUCGUGGCGACCCAGGCUGUGUGUCUCAAGAACUCAACCUGUGGCUUUCGUCCUGUUCGAAACCGCCAUCGUGAUUUUUUCGCUGGCUAAGAUCAGAGAAUCGCCGUCAUCACAGCUGCUGGCAGAACGACAAUCGUUACCACCACCAUUCCAAGACUGUGUACGUUUCCAAGAUGGAACAAUUUACAAGGUACUUGGCUAUGCCUUGGAAGUUACCGAGAAGCAGUCAGCGCUUGUGCUGGGCGUUCAAGGCUUCGGCAUCGUCAAGAUGGCAUCACACCUUCGUGAAAGCGAGGAGUUUGAGGUGGAAGAAGCCCACAACCGAAUAAGUGCGAAAAGCAAGAUUGAACAAGCAGUCUUUUUUGGAACCAUCAAACAGAACCCGUUCGAUUUGAAAAACAUUACUCAGACCUUCCCGGACGAAGAGAUUGCUGCAGCAGCGUUGAGCAUCAGCUCGGAGAUCCUGUCCUCAAGUUCGAAGCAUGUUCCCAAGAGCGCUCCUUCUAUCGAAAUGCAUCUACGGCUGAGGGCCAAGGCCCUUGACGACCUAGCUCAACAUUUGAUGGAUCACUACCCUUCUGCUAUCUCUCGCAAUGUUCGGUUCCAACUUCUCUUGAAUGCCGAGAAACUAGCUGCCGCUCAAGCUGUUUGGAAAGUACAAGAAGAAAUUCAACGAAAAUAUCCCCUGGAGGAUCGGGAGAUGCCCUAUCUUGAGUUCACCCUUCGUGCACUUCACGAGUCGAGACAAAAGUACCCCGACCCGGAGAAGGGCGAGAAAGAUCGAAUACGGCACUGGCUCAUCAAUAGUACCAAUAAUAUCGGCCAUCUGAUGUCCGAGUUGGUUAGCUGCAUUCCAGAAUUGGAGCCGAUGCAAGUGACGGACCCUAGAAUUGUCGCAGACUAUCUCAAAGAGGCGGUUGACCUGUGGAUAGCGUCAUAUACUGCGGCAUUCAAAUUUCGGGAAGACAAUGCGCCUCUGUACGGCUUAGGCGACGAGGUGUUCCAAGACGGCGUGCUUGUAGCAGGAUUCCCCGUGGACAUUCCUCACCCGUGGACAUCGGCACCGGAACCGUUUAGGUUUGGCCAGCGCCUCAUCUACGACGUUCGCAACUUCUUGGCCGAGUGGUGGGAUUAUUCUCUGGGCAAGAGUAAGAAGAAGAAACUGCCGACGGAUUUGGAUGGCAAACCAUAUGAAGCACCCAGUAAAACUGUGUUGAAAGACCUUGCUGCUCGCUUACCCUCCGAAGUCGAAUUAUUCUCUCGUGUGGCGACGGAGGAGUCGAUCCAAGCCGAAUGCCACCUCAAAGAGCUGGAGAAGGACCCAGAAGUCCUGAAAGACGAGGUCAAAAGCUUAAAGGACGAGAAGCGUGACCGUUUGAACACCGCGCUUGAUGCUGUCUCCCGCUUCAAUAUGCCAGGAGCGAUUCAGUUGGCUGAGAAAUUGAAAAACUGCCCCAUGCUUGUUGUUCUGCACAUUUCAUACUACGUCAGGUUAACGAAGGAAGCCGAGGAGAAUCCAAUGCUCAAGGACACAAAUGCAAGAAUCAUCUCUGAGAUGCAGGCUCAAGCUGAGACAUACUUCGACCGAUUCGGGAAAGCAUGGGCGUGGGCCAGUUUUAGCCAGAUGAUCGAGGAUGAUGAAUGCGGCAAUCUUUUGGUCAAAGGCCAAGAAGAUGAGAAAAAGCAGCAGUUUCUCUCAUGGUUCUUCAGGAAGGCUGAGAAAUAUGGACAGAGUGUAGGCAAGCUCAGCUGGAUUCACGAUGUUGUUGGUAGCGAUAACUAUGCGCGGGCCGAGAAGACACUGCGAAAUGUUGCGGCUGAAGAGACUGUUGAUGUGUGGAACAAGAAGACCGAGUUGUCGCUAGCCAAGCUAGCCGGACUGGCAGCAGAUGAAGGUGCUGAUAGACGUCCUCGUUCGACUGAACGAUACGACCGUGAUUUGUCCAUCAUUGACAUUCAAGAACGGACCUUCCAGCAUAUCAUGGCCACAGUUGGAGCUGCUGUGGAUGAGAAAGCGGCAUUCGAUCUGGCUGCAGAAAAUUUCGCUUCCAGGCUUGUUAAGGAUAUGCCGGGUCUUAAGAGACAGCUGAAGCAGAUUCUGAAGUCUUUGGUCCAUCAAACACCGCUGUCGAUCGAGGAGCUGGUUGACCUGUUGACUCUCAUGGAUUCGGUCGAGUGGGUUGGCAUGCCAGAGGAUAACCCUGAAGUUGUCGGGCAGGAGUGUGCUAUCGCUCUGAGGAUUGUUGACUUUUCAGACUUGGCAGGUCACAAACAGGAUGACCUUCGAGCCCUGAUAUGGAGGAGAGUGAUGAUUAGAGACAACUGGUUGCUGAUCAACGAUACCAGCGGCAAGGACGACAAGUUUGUGCAAAACGAGAUGCAGCAGACGUGUCUGUUCCGCACGAUCGAACGAGUAUUUCUUCUGGAGCAGUUUGAAGGGGCCAGUAUUCAUUUGUUUUCGCCCAAGGAGAUUUCGGACAGGGAGGCAUUUCCUACGAGUUUGCAGGAACGAUACCCACAGGGUGAGUUGGAAGGCGUCCGCAAGGAUAUGGACAAGGAACAAUCCAAGCUCAAAAAGUUUAUUGAAAAGGGUAGAUUGGAAGAUCACUACGGUGGAUUGGUGACUUCUGCCCGUCGCAGUGUAAGGGACAUUAUUGACCAAGAAGGGGAGAUGAUAGCUGCAGAAGUGGUUGUUGGUGUCGAAAACGGUGACCACAAACUGGUAUCAUAG